CAGCAUGAAAAUGGUCAUGUCAACAGCAUGGAUGGGGCACCGGUGAGUCAAGUUUCAUCACACAACAUUAGAUCCAGAUCAAGGUCUCUCUCAAACAGCAGUAAAAGCAACAAUCUCCAGGACUCCAGCCAGAACCAGAUGGAUACAAGCACCGUGUCCAGCACAGUUGAUAGAGAGGAUGGCAUGGAGGACAGUGUGGAUAGCCCCAACAUGCGGGUCAUUUAUCCAGUUGUUCUGUACACGCCCCCUUCUCGAGCUAUAGCCAUGAGUGACAGGGUCAGCACAAACCAAAUCGACAUCAUGGAGUUCCUGUCUCGGGAAAUGGAUCAUCCCUACAUGAACAACGAGAUGCUGGUAGGCUCACCUAACAGCCCAACACCGGCCGAAGUCGUGGACGACGUGGUGGAGGACGACUACACCGACGCAGAGAUACGCAUUUCCCGUAACCCUCUCAUAUUUAACAGCCCCAAGGGUGAAGAUCAGCGGUCUGGCCCACAGGGUGCCAGGAAAGAUGGUGGCAAGAGAAGGAAGGGGGGCAAAGGUUCAGACUCAAACAACCAACAUAAUUUACCCUGUUGCCCUUAUCAGUUGGAAACUCUGAAGGCCACGGCUCCCACAGGGACUAUAGGAGAAUCUGAACCAACUCAGAUCAGCAGCCACGCCCCAAACAUUUUGGAAGUUAAGUACCACACACAGUCCAACUCUUCAAGGACAAGCUCAG